GAACGCGAACUCUUCGCGAAAAUUAGAAUUGCGAAGCAAUUUUAGUGUCAUUUUUUUCAGUUUUUUUUUUUUUUUGGUUUCUCCUCUCUGCGAUUCCUUAGGGUUUCUGAAAUUCUUCUGAUUCUGUGCGCAAUCGAUUUUUCUGAAGUCAAAGCAAAGUUUUGGCGUUUCUCCGGAAACUCUUUUGCGGAUCUAAGAUCCUCUUUUUAUAUUGUUUGGUUGGCCAUCGACUUAAUACGCUUAUGAAGUUCGUCCCUGCCUGCGAUUUUUAGUAAGGAGGGGGUCGAACUGAGAGUGAGAUGGAGAUUUCAGCUCUUUUAACAUCUGCUGGAAUCAAUAUUUCGAUAUGCAUAGUGCUUCUGUCACUUUACUCCAUACUUAGGAAACAGCCAGCCAAUUACUGUGUCUAUUUUGGCCGAAGGCUCGUUUGUGGAGGGGCUAGACGUUAUGAUCCUUUUUGGUAUGAGAGGUUUGUGCCUUCUCCAAGUUGGCUUGUGAAAGCAUGGGAAACUAGUGAAGAUGAGUUAUUAGCUGCUGCUGGUCUUGAUGCUGUGGUUUUCCUCAGGAUGGUCAUUUUCAGCAUUCGUAUUUUCUUUAUCACUGCUGUUGUUUGCAUUGCCUUUGUGCUGCCUGUUAAUUAUUAUGGGCAACCAAUGGUGCAUAAGGAAAUCCAUUUGGAGUCAUCGGAAGUGUUCACAAUCGAAAAUAUUAAAGAAGGCUCAAAAUGGCUAUGGGUUCAUUGUCUUGCACUGUACAUUAUAACCUCAGCAGCAUGUCUUCUUCUCUACUUUGAGUAUAGGACCAUAGCCAAAAUGAGGCUUGGACAUAUUACUGGAUCUGCCACAAAGCCAAGUCAAUUUACCGUUCUUAUCCGUGCUAUUCCGUGGUCUCCUGAUCAAUCUUACAGCGACACACUGAGCAAAUACUUCACAAAUUACUAUUCAUCAAGCUAUUUGUCCCAUCAAAUGGUUUACCACAAUGGCAUCAUCCAGAGACUGCUGCGUGAUGCGGAGAGGAUGUGCCGCACUUUAAAACAUGUUUCUCCUGAAAUCAAUUGUAAACCGAGUUUGACUCCAUGCACCUUCUGUGGAGGACCUACAGCCACAAAUUCUUUUCAUAUUCUCUCUAAUGAGGGUGACAGUGUCCAAGGAGUGGAGCUUGGUGAGUUGACUAUGACUACGACAGAGCAAGAACGUCCGGCUGCUUUUGUGUUUUUCAAGACACGCUACGAUGCUUUUGUUGUUUCAGAGGUUCUACAAUCAACAAAUCCUAUGUUAUGGGUGACGGACUUAGCUCCAGAACCACACGAUGUGUAUUGGAGGAAUCUCAACAUACCUUAUCGACAACUUUGGAUACGGAGAAUAGCAACUCUUGUUGGUGCAGUUGCCUUCAUGUUCGUGUUUCUUAUUCCUGUGACCUUCAUUCAAGGGCUGACUCAACUAGAGCAGCUUUCUCAUGCAUUUCCUUUUCUAAGAGGCAUCUUGAAGAAGAGGUUUAUAAACCAGGUCAUCACAGGGUACUUACCCAGUGUGAUCUUGAUUCUAUUCUUCUAUGCCGUUCCACCAUUAAUGAUGUAUUUUUCAACCCUGGAAGGAUGCAUUGCACGGAGUAUAAGAAAGAAGAGUGCUUGCAUUAAAGUCUUAUAUUUCACCAUCUGGAAUGUAUUCUUCGUGAAUAUUUUAUCUGGGUCUGUUAUCAGGCAAUUGAAUGUCUUUUCUAGUGUCAGAGACAUACCUGCACAACUUGCAAGAGCAGUGCCCACACAGGCUGGCUUCUUCAUGACCUAUUGCUUCACAUCUGGUUGGGCUAGUUUGGCUUGUGAAAUAAUGCAACCUGUGGCUCUUAUCUGGAAUCUGGUAGCAAAAGUUGUUGUCAAGAACAAGGACGACUCAUAUGAAACACUUAGGUUCCCAUACCAUACCGAAAUUCCUCGGCUGCUUUUGUUUGGGCUCCUGGGAUUUACCAAUUCAGUCAUAGCGCCACUAAUUCUUCCGUUUUUGCUGAUAUACUUUUUCCUUGCAUAUCUGAUAUACAAAAAUCAGAUACUGAACGUGUACAUUACAAAAUACGAAAGCGGUGGACAAUACUGGCCUAUUUUCCACAACACAACAAUCUUUUCACUGAUCUUGACACAGAUUAUAGCUUUGGGUUUUUUCGGAUUAAAGCUAUCAACGGUCGCUUCUGGUUUCACCAUACCAUUGAUUCUUCUCACUCUGCUUUUUAGUGAGUAUUGUCGGCAGAGAUUUGCUCCCAUUUUCCAAAAACAUCCUGCUCAGGUUCUUAUAGACAUGGACAGAGCUGAUGAAAUGUCAGGAAAGAUGGAAGAGUUACAUAAGAAACUGCAUAGUGUAUACUCUCAGUUACCAUUACACUCUCAGAAAUCAUCGAGUAAAGCUGAAAGCAGUACUCCUUUCACAAGUCAGGAGUUGCCGGAUCCUGAGAAAUUGAAGCCAGAGGAAGGGGAUGCCAUAGCUAAAGAGUUAUGGGGCUUUCAGGGCAAUGAAUCUUGUCAAGAGCAUGACGUCAAGUCGUGUCCUGGUGCUUCUUCACCAGAGCAUCUUACCCCAAAGAUGAUCGAACUCCACAAAAGGAACUAGAACGGUUUUACUAGUGAAGUAAUGAAUGCUAUGUGCUUGUUCAAUCACUGAGGCUCUAAUACCUCAAAGUGGUUUAAACAGAAGAAUUUUCUGUCGAAGAAGCUCAGCUCCAAAAGGAGCCAAUGGUAAAUGAGAAUACACACUCACUGAAAGAAAAAUAGAUGUAUGUUGCUUUUUAGUCAUUAUAAACUCUCUAGGAAACUAAAUGGGGGAAAGCAUUAAAGCAUGUACAGUCUUCUUGCUUAGAGAUAUAAUGAUGUACAUUUUAUAGUUGCUGCAAGAAGAAAUGUAACGGAGCAAAAUGUAUAAAUACUCAAAUUUUCUUGCGAAGAAAGAAAUACAUUUUUUCAACA